GAGCUCGCUGGGAGAGACGAGCCGGGCUAAUCAUCGGCCGCUAACUUUCCCCAGUGCGAUCUGACAGGGCGACAGAGACGUGCUCGUAGUUGGGGCAAACUUUUGGGGGUUUCUUAUAGCAAAUGAGUCGAUCAGUACGCAGUGACAGCCCGGUUGUGGCGCAGAUGAGACAUCGUGAGGCCGAAGUGUACAGCUCCACCGUGGAGGAGACCAUUAAAAAUACACUGUCGGGCUUUCUUUGGCCAGAGAUUAGAAGGUCGCGCUCCGCACCGCGUUCACUUCUGCAAGUCAUCCGCUCGUGACGUUUUUCCCUCGGCAGGAAAUAAAAAGCGACGCUAUUUAGAAACCGGGCUGGCGGCUCUGGCUUCGCGUGGACCCCUCGGAAUAAAAUGCCGUUAUUUCUCGCAUCCUGACAAGUUUGGUAAACAGAAAGCCUCUUGAGGUUUUUUCCUCGUAACCGUCCCCUUCCCUCCCCCGUCCUCCGAGCAUGUGAUCCCAUAUCUGAUACAGACAUGGUUGUAAUGCAUUGUGAAUCGUGUCUUUAAAGGUUAUACUGUAUCCCCUGCCUUUUGCUGCUUGGUCUCCAGUGUAUUUUGACAUGUGAGAGGCUCGUUUCCCCAGGACAUGGACCUGAUUGACAUACUGUGGAAGCAGGACAUUGAUCUCGGAGCCAGGCGAGAGGUGUUCGACUACAACCACCGCCAGAAAGAGCAUGAGCUGCAGAGGCAGCGGGAGCUGGAGGAGGAGAAAAGGCUGCAUCUGCUCCGGGAGCAGGAGAAGGCCCUGCUUGCACAGCUACAGCUCGACGAGGAAACGGGAGAGUACAUCCCCCGCCCACCACCGAGCGCCCCACUGCAUUCGGCUGCCACACCUUUAGAGGUUACACAGAAUGUCAGCUUCACGGAGGAGAAUGGUGAUACUUUGUCAUUUGAUGAAUGUUUGCAACUACUGGCAGAGACAUUUCCUGUAGAGGAAACUGAGAACACUUCUGUAUGCCCGGGCACAACUGCUGUUUCAGUGCCCAGCAGCAACAACAUCAGCAUCAUGUCCCCUGAGCAGCCAGCUCUGCCACCGGCCACCCUCUCCCCAGGUCCACUGCCACAACCACAGAGGAUGUCCCCAGAUUUGGAGCAGGCCUGGAUGGAGCUUUUGUCCCUCCCUGAGCUGCAGCAAUGCCUGAGCAUGCAAAUGGAGGACACACUGGAGAGUACAACUUAUCCUCUUCCAAACAGCCCCAAAGUACAGAAUCCAAACUUCAGUUUUUACCCCAUGACCAAUCUCACAGAUGGGGAAACAAACACUUUAAAUGUUUGUCCUACAGAGUUUAUCAAUACAUUUGAUGGCUCUGUUCCCAGUAUGGCCACACCGGACAGUCUCAGCCAAAUGGAGACGAAAGCUCCUCAGUUAAAUACUAACUUUGGUGCAGAGAGCUUCUGUGACAUAUUUUACCCCAACACCAUUCUAGAAGAGAGCAGUGGUCAGCAUGGCCUUGAAGGAAGUGAAAGUACCACCGUGUCUGAUAUCACAAACAAGCCUCCCUUCACAUCUAUGGACCUUUACAGCCUCUCACCUGGAGAUGCAUUUGACAGGGGCAAACACAAUCUGACGGCUGAAAUGCCAGACUCAGAUUCAGGAAUCUCUUCAAACAGAAGUCCAAAUGCCAGUUCACCUGCAAAAUCCGCAUAUGGAGAUGGGUCCUUUGGUUACAGUGAUUCAGACAUGGAGGAGAUGGACCAUAACCCUGGCAGUGCAGAGUCCGACUAUUCAGAGAUGUCCUCACUAAAUUUCCAACCUGAUGAUCUUCAGACAGCAGUUUCUGUAUCUGCGGCAAUAGGGCAGCCACAACAGCAGCAUGAGAAGAAACCCAAACAAUACAAGACUGACCCAGCAGAGGAGAGUGACCACAACAACGCUCCUUUCACCAAAGACAAGCGGAAGAAACGCUCCGACGUGCGUCUCCCCAGAGACGAGCAGAGGGCUAAGGCCCUCAAAAUCCCUUUAAGUGUUGACAUGAUUAUCAAUCUGCCCGUCGAUGACUUCAAUGAGAUGAUGUCAAAACACCAACUGAAUGAGGCCCAGCUGGCCCUGGUCCGAGACAUACGCCGCCGCGGCAAGAACAAAGUAGCUGCCCAGAACUGCCGCAAACGCAAGAUGGAGAACAUAGUGGGUCUGGAGAGUGAGUUGGACUCCCUGAAGGAGGAAAAAGAGCGUCUUCUGAGCGAGAAGAGCCAGAACAUCACAAACCUGAAGGAAACGAAGCAGCAACUCAGCAACUUGUACCUGGAGGUCUUCAGCAUGUUGAGAGAUGAGAAGGGGAAUUCCUACUCUCCAUCUGACUACUCCCUCCAGCAGUCAACUGAUGGCAGCAUCUUCCUGGUCCCUCGCAUUAAAAAGACUUUCAUCAAGAGCAAGGACAACCACUUGUCUCCUUUGUAAUAUGGUACUGCAUUAACAUAGUAAUACUAUGCAAUAACUUUGUAGUCGCUCAGCUUUAAAACAUUAGUAGCCCAGCAGAACUAUUGUAUAGUUUUUGCUUACUUCUCUUGAAUGUUCUAAUAUUUUUGAUAUUUUACUUUUUCUACUCAGAUACCCUCACAGAUUCUUUAACCAAUAUUGUUUGUAAAUAUAAACAUUACUUGUUUUUGAGAUAAAUGUUACUGUAUGUGUGUAUGUGUGUGUGUGUGUGUGUGUGU